AAAGAAAAUAAAAAGAAACGAAAUCUUAUUCAAUUCGAAAAAGACACACAAAACAAACAAAGCUAAAUUUUAAUCCGAUUAUUUAAAUUACAAUUUACUGUUAAUCAUGAGUCACGAAAACGAUAACUGGAAAAAGAAUCUUAUUCUUCCUGCUAAGGAUGUUAGACCACAAACAGAGGAUGUAACAGCGACAAAAGGAAAUGAAUUUGAAGACUAUUUUUUAAAAAGAGAAUUAUUGAUGGGUAUUUUUGAAGCAGGAUUUGAAAGACCUUCACCUAUUCAGGAAGAAGCUAUACCCAUUGCAUUAACUGGACGCGAUAUUCUUGCUAGAGCUAAAAAUGGUACCGGUAAAACAGCUGCCUUUGUGAUUCCUACCUUAGAAAAGAUUAACAAUAAAAAACCAAAGAUUCAAGCAUUAUUACUUGUACCUACUCGUGAACUAGCCCUUCAGACAUCACAAGUGUGUAAAACAUUAGGUAAACAUCUUAAUCUUCAAAUUAUGGUUACAACAGGCGGUACAACAUUAAAGGAUGAUAUCAUGCGUUUAAAUGAAGUUGUUCAUGUUGUGGUGGGUACACCAGGCCGUAUUCUUGAUUUAGCUUCUAAAGGUGUAGCCGAUUUUAGUGAAGCAACUACCUUUGUGAUGGAUGAAGCUGAUAAACUUUUAUCUCCUGAAUUUACACCUAUUAUCGAACAACUUAUUCAAUUCUUCCCUAAAGACAGACAAAUCAUGUUAUUCAGUGCUACUUUCCCUUUAAUUGUGAAAAACUUCAAAGAUAAAUUUUUAGUUAAACCUUAUGAAAUCAAUCUAAUGGACGAAUUAACGCUUCGAGGUGUCACUCAAUAUUAUGCUUAUGUAGAAGAAAAGCAAAAAGUGCAUUGUUUAAAUACAUUAUUCUCAAAGUUGCAAAUUAAUCAAUCUAUUAUUUUCUGUAAUUCUACAAAUCGUGUAGAGCUUUUAGCAAAGAAAAUCACUGAGCUGGGCUAUUCGUGCUUUUAUUCACAUGCUAAAAUGUUACAAAGUCAUCGUAAUCGUGUAUUUCAUGACUUUAGAAAUGGUGUAUGUCGUAACUUGGUGUGUUCAGAUUUAUUGACACGUGGUAUUGAUAUUCAAGCAGUGAAUGUGGUUAUUAACUUUGAUUUCCCAAAAAAUGCUGAAACUUAUUUGCAUCGUAUUGGUCGUUCAGGUCGUUUUGGUCAUUUGGGUUUAGCUAUCAAUUUAAUUACUUAUGAAGAUCGAUUUAAUCUUUAUAAGAUUGAAAGAGAAUUAGGAACAGAAAUUCAACCCAUUCCUCCAGUCAUUGAUAAAAGUCUUUACGUUGCACCUAAUGCUUUGGAUGAAGCUCAAAUACAACAACCCAAUCAUCAACAAGCUUUAGCUACACGUCAACAACAACAACAACAAAAUAAUAAAGAACAGCAACAAUCUCAAUAUUAUCAAAAUCAAAAUAAUAACAGAUUAAAUAAUUGGCGUGGAAAAGUGAGUCGAGGUGGUGGAGGUCAACAUUAUUACAACAGAUCUAACAAUCCUAUGAAUUAA